AUGACCUACUCAGGGAGCAACGCUCCGAUUGCGGUGAACAAUCACGGAUCAGAUGAGGAUCCAGAAUGGAGCCCCGACCUUGAUCCUGAGGACUUGCUUGAGCUUGAGGUAGCGGAACAGGAUCCAUCGAAGAUCAUCUCGCGAAUGCCAAGAGAGUCGGUUCGUCUUGGAUACUUUUCGACAAUAUGUUUGAUCUCUAAUCGCAUGAUUGGAACCGGAAUCUUUAAUUCUGCGUCUGUCAUAUUCACAAAUACUCAAAGCAUAGGCAUAUCCCUGCUGUUAUGGGCAUCCGGAGGAGUCAUUGCUCUUGCAGGUGUCAUUCUUUAUAUGGAGUUUGGCCUUACCAUUCCACGUUGGCCAUUUGGUCCAAAUGGAGAGAAAACAUCCACUCCGCGAAGUGGGGACAAUCUGAACUAUUUCAACUAUCUUCUGAAGAAACCAACUUUCCUUGCAACUUGCUUGUUUGGAAUAACUUUCAUGGUCCUCGAGAACACUGCUGCAAAUUCAGUAUCUUUAGCACAAAACCUUAUCGAUGCAGCUCACGCACAACAAACCCCGGGACGAAUUAUUGCCAUUGCACUAGCUGCGAAUACAUUUGCCUGCCUACUACACACCAUGUCUCGGAAGUGGGGCAUCAUUUUGAACAAUGUUUUGGGUACUCUGAAGUUCAUCCUCUUGAUUUUCAUCUUUAUUAUCGGGCUGAUUUGGAUUAAUCGCGACGUCGCAAACACGAAUCUCAGUAUCAAAACAUCCUUCUCAACACAGAACAGCCCUCGAUUGCCGUACAGGUACGCUGAAGCAUUGUUGUAUGUCAUGUACCCCCACGGCGGGUUCCAUCAAAUCAACUAUGUUAUAUCGGAGUUGAAAGAGCCACGGAAAACAUUCCCACGCGCGUCUUGGUAUGGGGUUCUCACAGUUAUAAUUCUAUACAACGUUGUGAUGUUGAGUUAUGCAGCAAUCAUUCCCAAGAAAGAAUUGUUCACACCGGGAGGAAUCGAUGUGGGAGCACGCUUCUUCCAACUCACACUUGGGCAUGCCAUCACCAACCCCAAGCAUCUGCAGACCUUCUUCUCUGUGAUAAAAGCUAUUUCAGCCAUGGGAAAUAUUAUUGUCGUUACUUUUACGGCUGCUCGAGUAGUAAAGCAGGAGAUUGCAAAGGAAGGAAUUCUUCCAUACUCCCUUUUCUUUGCACAAAGCUAUGACUUCUCCUUUAGCCGUCUUUUCGGAAAUAGCACCCCCAAAGCCGACAUUACUUCAAUGUACUCUGAGAAGACUCCAGCCACCGCAUUACUUCUUCACUGGAUACUAACAACAAUCCUGGUCAUCGUUCCAGUUCUGGCCAUAAAACCUUCGCCAUACUCCGCCACUCCAGCACAAAGCUUUUUGGCAGCCGUCUUUGCAUACGACAUUGAUAUUGUUUGUUUUACCGCCCUCUCAUUUGGACUUCUAUACCUUCGUUUAUCCCCUAGACUCCACUGGGCGGAGAAAUCCCAGUUAAAGUACCCGGCGCUGAGCAUUACCGCUGCUCUCAUCGUCCUCACUGGAUGUUUGUUUCCCCUCAUAUUAAUAUGGGUACCCGAUCCUGCUUUUAAGAAGCAAUCUCGAACGGCGAAUCUGCUCCCAUGGUUUACGAGUGGCACUGCAGCCGUUUGCCUCGUCCUGUUUUCGUUCCUUUACUGGGUAGUGUUCCGAGUGUAUGUCAAGGUUCGAUCAGCUCGUGAGGGAAAGACUCUCCACGUCAGAAGAGAACCGAAAUUCAAACAUGACACUCACGGGUUGACUCAGGUGCUUGAGAUUGUGUCUCUGGAAUGGAAAAGGGAGGUGGGGCUGCGACUGGACGAGAUUGCGGAAACGGAUGACGGAUUUAGAUCGGGUACUAUGUCACCUGUCACGGAGAGCGUUUCUGUGGCACAAAGUCGUGGUAGAGCGAGUUAUCGAACUGAUACUGGGAUCUCCCGGGCUUCCGCUCAUGAGGAGGUCAUGAGCCAGCCCGCUGUCAGGCGCAAACCCGUGAGGUAUGAAUUGCCGGUGCCAGAACAUAUCUAAUACUUGAUCCUUGG